AUGAGUGACACAGAGCCGCCGGCGACCCGUCUACAGACCACCGCAAUAACCAUCGUUACACUCCCCCCCUGUGGUGACCACAACAUCGGCACCACCUCUUCAUCACCUCUUCACCACACGUUAGGGCCAUACGGGCCGGUAGUCGACGACAGGGCGGACACCGUUGUGGCCAAACGGGCCGAACCGCCGACGAGAGGGAAACUUAACCCAGUAAUUACUUCAACACUUCCAAUGCCUCCGCAACCGAGUGGUAAAGCCGUGAAGAAGGCCGGAAAGGCACAGAAGGCCGUCAGAGCCGGCGAUAAGAAGAAACACCGCAAGAAGAGGAACGAGUCGUUCAGUCCGCCCGACACCGGCAUCUCCUCGAAGGCCACGUCGAUCAUCAACUCCUUCGUGAACCACAUCUUCGAGCGCAUCGCUAACGAGGCCUCACGUCUGGCCCACUAUAACAAGCGCUCGACCAUCACUUCCCGGGAGAUCCAGACCGCUGUCCGCCUCCUAUUGCCGGGAGAGUCGGCCAAACACGCCGUCUCUGAGGGCACCAAAGCU